ACAGAUCCUAUUUGAGAAACUGUCGAAGACUUCUCGUGUAUCUGAUAUUGAUAUUGAAAAAGAGGACGAAAAGAUCAACUACCUAUCAAGGGUGAUUUAUAAUGGUUUCUAUGCAUUUGAAGCUCUCUCACCACGGAAUCUAGAUGAAAGUCUGUGCGGUAUAUGUGGCAACAUUCCUGUAAUGCUCAUUGGGGAUGCCAAUCAAAAGGACUGCUGUAACCUUACAGAGCUAGAGUUUGAUCAGGGAGAUCAUGGUGAUGGGAAAGUGGAUCCAGAUGAUUUUUGGUCCACUGUUCACGAGAAUUUAGUGUCAGCUUCUGUUGUUUCACAUCCAGAAAUAAAGAAGAUGAAUGCUUAUCGUGUCGCACCAUUCAUUCCACCUGCAUUGAGGGGAACAUCUAUUUUAAACACUGAAUUCCAAAAACAGUCCAG